AUGAAGCUCCUUGCACAUACCCUCCUUCCCCUCGCUCUUGCCAAUCCCAUGACUACCCCUAACCCGGUGGCCCACUCGCUCCAGCACCUCGAGGCGCGCGACAAGUACUGCUGGUUCCACCCCAACGUCAACGGACCACAGGGCUGCGACUCGGACCAGUUCAAUGGGAACCGUGUCCGCACCGUCUAUUACACCGACAACUUCGGCGUGCGCUGCUCGUCGACUGGCAAGAACGUCAACGGGAAUACCAAGUGGUAUUAUGUUCCGGGUUGGAGCUGCUGGAUCAGCGACUAUUGGACUAAUGCUAGCUGUGACGGUGAGGUGCCUGGUGUCGAAUGA